AUGGAUGAUCCUAAAUCACAAGCUGAAGAUACGCCACAGAUUGUAAUACCUAAGUGGGUUCUUUAUGUAUAUACUGGCUUUGUUGUCAUUACAGUCAUUAUUACGUAUCUUACAUCCCUUUUCAUGGUUUAUUGCGUUUUAUCAGAUAUUAUUUUCCAAAUUACACUUUUUUUCGUUCGUAUCACAGCCCUCUUUGAAGAAACUACGUUAAUCAACGUUGACAAUACACAUGAAACUUUGUAUAAUCAACUCAGGCUUGUCGUUCAGAUAUGCUGGUGCUUAUACUCGUUUUCAAUUGUAGCCCUUAUUGUCCACCUUAUCCUUAGACUGUUAUCUUCCUUCUUUAAGACGAUGUGGGUUUCCCUCAGCCAAGAUAACGUUCAAAAGACGAUUACGAGCAUUUUCAAAAACCCUCUUGUCAACAAGCGAAAAGCUUGGGUAUUCCAUAUCGGAUUCGUUGUCUACUUCGUUCUUAUGCUUAUUUGCAUUGCCGUCGAAUACCUUACGAUGAAGCAAAUUAUUUACGCUGCCAGCUUCAUUAUUAUUUUCUUCUGGCCAAUUCUUUCCGGAAUCUUCACUCUGUUCAACGAUUCAUGGAGAGUACUCAUUGCAAGGUUACGCGGCAGAUACUCCAAGUACACCUUCGAGCCAUCAAAGCCCAAUCCAAAUCCAGCCUUCCCAAUGGACCUCAUCGAUCCAGCUCGACUCAGAGAUCAAGUUGAAUUUACUAACUUCAUCAUUGAUGACCGUACAAACGUUUAUCUUACAGAAGGACACUACGCCAAGAAGAUUUUCAGUCUACUUCACGUUGUCGCCCUAUUCAUUAGCAUAUGCAUCAGAAUUUAUUUGAUGUCACGUCCUGAUCUUGACUAUAAAUGGUCCGGACUCAUAAUUAUAGCUUUCUACAUUUACGGCAUUCCAUUUAUUAUGUUCUGCAACAUCUUUUCCACCUUCUUACCAAAAGAUGCAUUCACUGAUGAAACUCUUGAUGUCAGUUUAUCUGGAUCAGCUAAGAAAUCAUUUGACAAAGGCAACAUCCAACUCAUGUUCUAUAUUUCAAUGCUUUUGUACGUUGUCAUUUUCAUUGCUUUGAUUGUUUUGAGUGUUUUCAUUUUAAUAUGGGAGAGACCAGAAGAAAAGUACAAAUAUAAGUUCUUCACAAACUCAUCAUUGAUGAAAGCACGUUGGACAAUUGUUCCUCCAACAACUUCAACAUGUUCUAUUGAUAUCAAAGGUAUGACAUUCUCUCAAUUGUCAGCCCUUCCAAUGUUAUCCUAUUUCACAACAAAAGACAAGAAGAAUCUAAGUACUGAAGAUAGGGAUAUAUAUGAACACAACAAGAAUGUAAUUUUGAAUAUAGCUUUUGCAAGUUUGAGAGAAAGAAAAGUGACAGAAUAUCAUGAUGAUCAACUCGCUGAUGGUAUUCAUAUUCGUGAUCAAAAAUUACACAUCUUUGUUAUUCAUGGUAUGAGAUCUGCUAUUGAUUGGGUUCUUCUAUUCGAGCAGCUUAUCCAAGAUAAGUUUGCAAUGAUUGUUUCAGGAUUAAUUCCAUUUUAUAGCAUUGCUGCUUCCUUAUUUAGAGUUCCUUUGAUUUGGGCUGGUAAGUUAUUUGCUGAAGCAACAGGUUGUCAAUUCCUUUCAGUUGAAAAAGCUCAUCGUAUUGAGCAACAAAUCAUUAACAAUGCCAUUCCUAAAGCAGAUAAAUGGCAUGAAUAUACAAAUGUUGCUGUUGGUCAUUUGACAGGUGGAUACUUCGCCAAAUACUUGGGAUCUUUCAACCAAGGAAGUGACAGAAAUGGUACUCGUUCUGCUUGUCCAUUUUACUUGAAGGCAGUUAAUGUUUCCGCCAGGCCAAACAUCACUGCUAUCGGUUUCGAUGCACUGCCUUACACAGAAUUUCAAUUGGAAAUUAACCAGACAUUAGAUCCAAAGACAGGUAUGUCUGUUAAUGUUCACUCAGCCGAUUUCUUCUGGGGACAUUCUGAGGCAAAGAUCAAGACUAAUUUCCAGAGGAAUAAAUACACAACAAAGAUUCCAGAUGCCCUUCAUAACUUCUGCCAUUCUGUUGCUAUGUGUUCAAAUAACAGAUUCGAAAUCGACUUCUGUUGGACACAGUUAGGAAACACUACAUGGAACUUAAUAUUAAAUUCUUAUGGUAGAUAUAUGGAAGAAAGCAAGAAUGUUACAAUAUCUGCCUUCACCAACAAAGAUACUGAUUUGGUGCCUUGA